CUGCUCAAAGCAUCAAUCAAUCGAAAGACACUGAGCAAAGAUGCAACUCAAUCUUGGAGCGAUUUUUCUGGCCUUCCUUGGAGUAAUGGUCGCUGCUUCAUCUGCCAGGGUCCAAGCCCAGCCACAUCACCACCGGGGACCCAUUUUCGACACGAGGCCGUCGCCCUUCAAUCCCAAUGCUCCUGGUCCCAGCCCGCCUUAUCGCGGAUGAAUAAAAAAAGGAUAAUGGAAAAGUUCUGUCAGAUGUCGUUAACACAUUGAGCGAUUUAAUGCAAUUAAAGCCAAACUGUACAUCAAA